AUGCCUCUCCGCCUCGCCACCUUCUCGGAUAUCGGCCCCAUCUCCAAGAUCCUCGCCGCCAGCUUCUACGAUGAGGAACUGAACGACCACAUCUUCCCCUUCCGAAAACAAUACCCGCACGACUACCUGUCCGUCUGGAAACAGAAGACCGUGACCGGCUGGUGGGACUACUCUAAAGUAUGGGUUGUUUGGGAGAAUGAAGACGGCUUGACAGGCCCGAACACCACUUCGGGUACUACUAUUACCGGCGUCGCGCAAUGGGGAAGAGAGGGUGAAGGGUCAGAUAGACUCUGGGGGCUGGUGAGAUGGUGGGAUCCAAGGCGAUUGAUCUCUCCAUUCCUCUCGUUCAUUUACACCGUGCGGCGCUUCUUCAUCCGCAACCGCUCCGUCGCACAGCCCACCCCAGCCGAUCCCAACCCGCUGAACAAAUGGAAUUUUGGCCCUCGCCUGUGGCCAUUCACGUCGCACUACUUCACUCACCCGGCAUACCGACGCAAUCACUGGGAACUAUGUACGUUGGCCGUCGACCCGGCAUAUCAACGCCGCGGGAUCGGCCAACAACUGGUCGCCUGGGGCUUGGAGCGCGCGCGGACGGAUGGUCUUCCCGCUGUGGUCAUUGGCGCAACGGACACCGAGCCCUUCUACCAGAGAUGCGGGUUCAAGUAUCUCGUCGGCUAUGCGUCCAAGGCGGAGCUGGAGGAUGAGAAAGACUUGGAUUCUAGCAAAGCUACGAGGCUAGACAAGACGAAUCCCUUGAAUGCUCGUGGUCUGGGAGGCGGUGCUAUCAUGUGGACCGAGUUGAGGGAUGAAGAUGAGAAGUAA